ACGGACGCUGACAAUGAGCCUCCAUAAAAGGGAGCGGCGGGGUCGUGGGCCCCGGAUCGAACCUUCCCAGCCCGGGGUCGUGACGAGUCGGAGCUCGUUGUUGGCGGGGCGGCCGGGCGGUCGGGCGGGUCAACUGUAGGCGGGCCGCGCGGGCCCGGCGUGGCCCGGGACGGGUGGCGGCGCGCGGAGACCUGCGAGCCGGUCCUCUGCUCUCCGGUCGCCCUUCUCCGCCUCCUCGCCAUGGCCCUGAGGGCCGAGGGCGCCGCGGCCCUGGACUGCUUCGAGGUGACGCUCAAAUGUGAGGAAGCAGAGGACGACGAGGAGGCCGUGGUGGUGGCCGUGAUCCCGCGGCCCGAGCCGAUGCUCCGAGUAACCCAACAGGAAAAGACGCCGCUGCUUAGGCCUAACCUUCUGGAAGCAGGUGGCGAAGGCUGUGAGGAGCCCAAGCAGCAAGUGUCCUGGGAGCAGGAGUUCCUGGUGGGGAACAGCCCAGGAGGCAGUGGACGGGCGCUGUGCAUGGUGUGUGGGGCUGAGAUCCGGUCCCCAUCAGCAGACACUGCUCGCACACACAUCCUGGAGCAGCAUCCCCAUACGCUGGACCUGAGCCCCUCUGAGAAAAGCAACAUCUUGGAAGCCUGGAGCGAAGGGGUGGCCCUUCUGGAAGACAUUCAAGAUGACCAGCCAUCCCUGCCCAGUCUAGAGUCAGGCCAGGAUGGCCAGCCAGACCCCAUCUCCAAUCCGGACCCUGCCAGGAUGCCAGCAGAGAUUGUGGUCCUCUUGGACUCCGAGGACAACCCAUCCCUCCCUAAGAGGCUCCGGCCCAGAGGACUCCGCCCCCUUGAGCUGCCUGUUGCCCCUGUCACAGAGCCAGGAAAUAAAAGGCCUCGUGGUCAGAGAUGGAAAGAGUCACCUGAGGAGGAGCCUGUUAGAAAGAAGAGAAGCAAACAUAUGACCAAAAACCUGGACCCUGACCCAGACCCCCCAUCUCCUGAGUCACCCACAGAGACGUUCGCAGCACCAGCUGAAGUCCGACACUUCACAGAUGGCAGCUUCCCUCCUGGCUUCGUCCUUCAGCUCUUCUCCCACACUCAGCUCAGGACCACAGACAGUAAAGACUCUUCUAAAGACAGCAAAGCAGCAGCAGAAGGCCUGCCCCUGCCACAAAGUCCCUCUUCAGCUCCCCCUCCGGGGCUCCGUGGGACACUGGAUCUCCAGGUUAUCCGUGUUCGGAUGGAGGAGCCACCAGCCGUCAGCCUCUUACAGGACUGGUCCAAGCACCCCCAGGGCACCAAGGGGGUGGGAACAGGUGACAACCCAGACUGGCCCAAGGUUCUGUCAGAAUCCAAUGCCACUGUAAAAGGACAACCAGAGGCAGGAAAUGGGGUAUAAGUUUUCAUUUCCCGGGGAGGGGGGUGGGAGGAAGGA